AUGAAGGGUCACAUAGGUUUCCCUGGCAUCGACGGAGCAAAAGGUGAACAAGGAGCAAUCGGCGAAAAGGGAUCUAUUGGGUCUCCUGGUCAACCCGGCAUUACUGGUUCAGUAGGUCCUAUUGGUGCACGGGGAGAAAGAGGCAGGGAAGGACCACCUGGGCCACCAGGAAUUCGAGGUGCUGAUGGUUUACACGGAGCUAUUGGUCCUCCAGGAAAUAUUGGAAAACCUGGUCCACCAGGGUUUCCGGGUUCAGUUGGUGCAAAAGGAGAUUUAGGAUUACCAGGGCCUAAGGGUAGUUUUGGUUUGCAAGGACCAAGAGGGGAAUCUGGAAAAUCUGGCGAAUCAGGUGAACCAGGUAUUCCAGGAACACCAGGAAAAGAUGGUAAUCAAGGAGAAAAAGGAAGUCCAGGAGCUAGUGGACCCAUUGGUCCAUCUGGUUUUCCAGGACCUCGAGGCGCUCCUGGAGAAACAGGUAGUGUCGGACCACCUGGCAUAAAAGGAGCUGAUGGAUUAAAUGGCGAGCGUGGUUAUAAAGGAGAAGCAGGAAUAAAGGGUGAAACUGGAGCUCCUGGCCCAAGAGGAUUGCCUGGUAUUGAUGGGCCUGAAGGAAAACGAGGCAGAAAAGGUUCUGAAGGUCCUCGAGGACUAACCGGAAUUCAAGGCGAACGCGGUAUUCCCGGUGAACGUGGAUUACCCGGUCCAGAUGGAUCACCAGGCACCAAGGGAUCACUUGGUGAUCGAGGAUUAGAAGGGCCUCCCGGUUCAAAAGGUGCUGUUGGUGAUACUGGACGGCCGGGCAUGACAGGUCUUCAAGGUUUGAGUGGAUCUAUAGGUAAACCAGGACCUCCAGGAAAGUCUGGACCGCCAGGCGAGCGUGGUAUACCUGGUGCAGAUGGAAAGGUUGGAGAACCAGGAGCACCAGGUCUGCAAGGUUUACCAGGACCAAUAGGUCCACCAGGUGAUAAAGGUUUAACUGGAGUAACAGGAGCAGCUGGCGAAGUCGGACCCCCGGGUGCACCAGGUCCCAGAGGUGAUUCAGGAAAAGAAGGACCUCCAGGCAAUGCUGGUAUACCUGGUAAGCCAGGGUUGGACGGGGAAAGAGGAGUAGUUGGUCCACCGGGAUCCAUUGGUUCUCAAGGUGUACCUGGAGUACCAGGGAACCCGGGCCAGCCUGGUAAAGACGGUGAACAAGGUCAACAAGGACCAGCAGGAAAACAUGGCGAAGCAGGAACUAGAGGUGAACGUGGAUUUCCUGGCGAGAGAGGCCCUAUUGGUCAUUCAGGACUACAAGGAGUUAAAGGAGAACCAGGAGUUGCUGGUCCCGAUGGGCCAACUGGAUUACAAGGUAUUAGAGGUGACAAAGGACAUUCAGGAUCACCAGGUUUAAUGGGUAUACCAGGGUUGAGAGGUGAACAAGGACUACCUGGUUUGAAAGGAGAACGAGGUUCUACUGGAACGCAAGGACCAUCCGGUUCACCGGGUCCUGCUGGCGAAAGAGGACCUCAAGGAUUUGUUGGUCCAAUUGGUCCACCUGGUGAACCAGCCGAACGAGGUGAGCCCGGAUCUACAGGACCUCCAGGAGAGCCCGGCGCACCAGGCACACCCGGCGAGAGAGGAUCAUUUGGACCUCAAGGUGUUCAAGGUUUUCCUGGGUCACCGGGGUCAGUAGGUAUGCCAGGUCUAAAAGGCGAUAGAGGAGACACAGGUAUGAAAGGAGACCAAGGAAAUACCGGACCAAUGGGGAAAAUGGGAGAAUCUGGUCUUCCUGGUGCCAUAGGUUCAAUUGGUCCAAAAGGUAGUCGUGGAGAUCAAGGUAAUAAAGGAGAUAUGGGAUUAAUGGGAAUACCAGGCAGAGUUGGAGAACGAGGACCACUGGGAUAUCCUGGGCCGACUGGACCUCCAGGACCACCAGGUUUGGUUGGAGCAAAAGGAUGGCAAGGUGAACCGGGAAAACAGGGUGUGCCAGGAAAUGUUGGGGCACCAGGUUUACGCGGAUUAGAUGGCCCCAAAGGUGAAACUGGCGCAGAUGGAGCUUCAGGACCAGUAGGACCAAUUGGCCCACAGGGAGCCGUAGGAGAAAGGGGACUGACAGGAGUUCCAGGCAGUCAAGGACCAAUAGGAAUGCGAGGAACACAAGGUUUACCAGGUGACAAAGGAUCUCCAGGAAAACCAGGAUCAGAUGGUUCACAGGGAGUUCAAGGUUUAGCUGGUCCUCCAGGUUCUCCGGGACCUCAAGGCGAAAGAGGUCAAGAUGGAGCUACUGGUUUACCUGGAGCCCCAGGAAUCAGCGGACGGCCAGGAGAUAAAGGCCCACCUGGAUCACCUGGUAAUCUAGGUAGUCCAGGUUCACCAGGAAUGAUUGGUCCACAAGGCUUACCUGGUCCAACUGGAAACCCAGGUGAACGAGGUUUACGCGGUGAAAAUGGUCCACAAGGUGUAGAAGGACCUCCUGGCCAAAGAGGUAAAGCAGGACCUCCCGGAGUUCAAGGAGAAAAGGGAGAUAAAGGAGACAUAGGCCCUGAAGGAAUGAAAGGUCAUAAGGGCUUAAUGGGCUUACAAGGACUACCGGGUGCCCCAGGUGCUGAUGGUCAGAAAGGUAAUAAUGGGUAUCCUGGACCUCCUGGACCAGUUGGUGAACCUGGAACAAAAGGACCCCCCGGACAAGAUGGAAAUCCUGGAUUACAAGGUUUAGCGGGACAACCUGGUCCUAGGGGAUUAACUGGAGAACGAGGUCCUGAUGGAGCACCAGGAGCAUCGGGUUUACCUGGACCACCUGGACCUCCAGGUGAAGCAUUGGCAUAUGACAUGGCUGCACUAACAGCUUUAUUAACACAAGGACAUAGCAAGGGACCAAAUGAUGGUACGCAUCAAGAUCAACCUGACAAAAUGUCAGAAACAGAGAGACGCGAAUUAAUAUUCAAUGCAUAUAAAAAAUUGAAAACGUCAUUUGAGAAGUUUAAGAAACCGAACGGUGAAAAAGAUAACCCAGCCAAGACAUGUAAAGAUUUAUAUGCUGCUUAUCCCGAUCUUGAAAGCGGAGAAUAUUGGGUGGAUCCCAAUGAAGGAGAUGUUCGUGACGCGGUACUCGUACGAUGCGAUCAGAUUACAAAGAGCACGUGUGUAAAACCUCAACCAGAUCAUAUAGGUCCAAUAGAUUUUGAAAAUAGAAAUCCUCAACCAGAAAUUUGGUUAUCUGAAUUUGGAUAUACUGGACAGAUAUCGUACAAAGCUGAUAGCAAUCAAAUCAGCUUUUUACAACUAUUGUCAGAAUCAGCUAGUCAGAAUUUAACAUACCACUGUAAAAAAUCAAUUGGUUAUUUUGAUGCUGAAAACCGAUCAUACAAAAAAGGAUUGAAAUUAGUUGGAUUUAAUGAUGCCGAUAUUACACCAAGAGGGAAUCCAAAAAUGAAAUACACUGCUAUUGAAGAUGAAUGCAAGACUCGGUCACAAGAAUGGAAAAAAACUACAAUUUCAUAUACAACCGAUCGGCCAUCUCGCUUACCAAUCGUAGAUGUUGUUCUACGAGACUUCAAUGAAAUUGGCCAAAGUUUUAGCAUACAUUUGAGUCCAGUGUGUUUUGUAUAA